CGCUCAGUGAGAGAGCGAGUGAGCGAGCGAUAGAGAGAGAGAGAGACUCUCCAUGUGUCACUGGCAGACCUUAUUCACUCUGGAUCAUUGCUAAACCUUAAAGUCUUUGGUUUUUCACAGAAGAUCUUGGAGUUGAAGAUGAAGCACAAAUGUGAGGUGUGGAGGGUCUGUAAGCAGAUGCUGUAGAGAAACGAGCCACGCUGUGGCUGAUGCCCCGAAACAAUCUGACCCUUGACCCUGCAAUGCCCGGCGAGCCUGUUAAAGACAUCAUGACGAUCCCCGGAAGCCCACAGCGUAUCUCAAUCGAUAAAACCAACAACAACGAAGCUCCUCGGCCACCUCCACCAGCAACAGAGAUCACCGUUCCUCUGGUCAAUGAGGUUCAGCUGACGGCGGCCACCGGCGGGGCCGAGCUGUCCUGCUACCGCUGCACCGUGCCGUUCGGCGUGGUGGUUCUGAUCGCCGGGAUCGUUGUGACCGCCGUCGCCUACAGCUUCAACUCUCACGGCUCCACCAUCUCGUACUUCGGACUGGUGUUGCUCUCGGCCGGCCUGGUGCUGCUCGCCCUGAGCGCCGUUUGCUGGAAAGUACGGAUGGAGAGGAAGAAAGAGAGGAGGAGAGAGAGUCAAACGGCUCUCAUGGCGCACCAGAGAAGCAUCUUCGCUUGAAAGAAGAGAUACGAUUUUGACGAGGCCAAUCGCUGAUCCCCAAACGUGCGAUUUCUGUGAAUAAGGCGCAAUUUAUACCAAUCCUAAGUUGCAUGGAAAUGAAAUGCACUUUUGCACAAUAUAGCAUCUGGUUAGUGAAGAAUAAGAGUUUUGCAUAACUCAAGCGUCACCCUACAGCGUUUCAAACAGAAAAUCUCAUGCAGCUGCAUGGGUCCAGAUGUCGAGACACAGCUGGGACAACGUCUACACUUUUGUUGACCUUUACUGCAAACACUCACAGUUCGUGAUGGACAGACCGCAAACUUUAAAGUGGCUCGUAAGCGCUUUCUAUCUUUCUUUCUCUUUGUUUUCUUCUCCUUCUCUGGGAUGUGAGCCAAGAGGAGCGCAUCAAUAUGAAGACAAGUGACCGCGGUCACGGGGUGCUCACCCAAAGACAGGAAGUGUUGUAUUAAUCCACGGCUGCUUCCUGUCCCGUAGGAUUAAUGGAAAGACGGUUCGAGACAUAAAGGAAAAGGGCGGAAAAGAGGAAAUAAAGGACAAGGAUUUUUCCUCAUUGACACUCAGCUACUUAUAUGUCAGUAAAUGAUAUACGUAUAACUGCACGGUACUUAUAUUACUUGUAUUAUGAUAUAUAGACACCACAUGGCUGGAAAACCAGAUACAUUUAUUGAUUUAUAUUUGUUAUACUGUACUUGGAUUAAGAGGACAGACAUACGACACGCUCUUAUUUGAGUCGUGGUUUAUAUUAAUUAUUCAUCACAUACAUGAGAGUAUAAAACUGAUGGUUGUGUAUUCAAGCACUUUCAACUCAAGCAUUUGAAUGAAAUGCAAACAGUAAUGAAUUGUUGAUGUUUGUAGCUGCUUAGAAGGUAAAAUAAAUGUCUUAAUGCAGAUUUAUGAUGAUGUAAUCGUCUUAUAGUUCUGUUUGUGACAAUGUUAUCCAUAAGCUGCUGAACAAAACAUUUUUAAUAAACUCAUGUGAAAUGAUGAA